AGAAGAUGCCCAGAACUUGAAUUCAGUCCCCACUUGUCAUGCAUAUCAAAACACACUAAGCUAAGCAAAGCCAGUAAAUCCCGAAAGCCAGUUUCCAUUUUCCAGUUGGUAGCGAUCGAUGGCGUUGAUAACAGAGCAGCAGCAUUUCGUGUUGGUCCCAUUCAUGGCUCAAGGCCACAUGAUCCCCAUGAUAGACAUAGCCAGAUUGCUGGCCCAUAGGGGCGUCAGAAUAACACUUUUCCUAACUCCCCAUAACGCCACCCGAGUCAAAGCCGUGAUUGAUCGCGCCCAACAAUCUGGUCUCCCAAUCCAAGUCGUCCAGCUUGGUUAUUUUCCCUGCGCCGAGGUUGGCUUGCCAGAGGGCUGCGAGAAUGUGGACUUGCUCCCAUCUUUUGAUAUGGGGAUGAACUUCUACGCCGCCACGAAGUUGCUUCAACCCAGAAUCGAGGAAGUGAUGAGGGAGAUGAAACCCACCCCCACCUGCAUAAUCUCCGAUAUGUGCCUCCCAUGGACGACCAAUAUCGCCAGGAACCUUAACAUCCCGAAAAUUGUUUUUCAUGGGAUGUGUUCUUUCUCUCUGCUUUGUAUGCACAAUAUAUGGAACUGGGAUGGUUUUGAAAGCUUAGAGUCUGAAUCCCAGUACUUUGAAGUGCCUGGACUGCCAAAUAAAAAUAAGAUCGAAAUAACCAAAGCUCAACUCGCGCAGUUGGUGAAACCCAGCUCCGAGGAGCGCAGCAAGUAUGCCAAGGAGAAGAAAGACGCAGAGGAUAGCGCUUUUGGGAUAGUGGUGAACAGCUUUGAGGAGCUGGAACCAGAAUACAUUAAGGAGUUCAAGAAAGGGAGAAAUGUUUGGGCCAUCGGCCCUGUUUCUCUGUGCAAUAAGGAGGAAUCGGACAUGGCUGAAAGGGGGAACAUGCCCUCCAUUGAUAAGCACCACUGCUUGAAAUGGCUAGACUCCAUGGAAGCCAACUCUGUCCUCUUCGUCUGCCUCGGAAGCCUCUCGCGAUUGCCGACUCCUCAGAUGAUAGAGCUCGGGCUCGCACUGGAGUCAUCAAACCGCCCUUUCAUUUGGGUUAUCAGGCACAUCUCCGAUGAGUUUCAAAACUGGCUUCGCCAAGAAAAAUAUGAGGAAAGAGUUAAAGAGCAACAAGGGCUUAUCAUCUAUGGUUGGGCUCCGCAAGUGCUAAUCUUGUCUCACCCGUCUAUCGGAGGAUUCUUAACUCACUGCGGGUGGAACUCGUCCCUGGAAGCCAUUACUUCCGGCUUGCCUUUGAUCACUUGGCCACUUUUUGGGGAGCAAUUCUUGAACGAGAGGCUAAUUGUGAAUGUACUAAGAAUCGGAGUGAAGACUGGAGUGGAGUUUCCUGUUUUGUUUGGAGCGGAAGAACAGACAGGAGUCCAAGUGAAUAGAGAUGAUAUUGUAGUGGCCAUUGAGGAAGUGAUGGGUGGAGGAGAGGAGGCUGAAAUGAGAAGAAAAAGAAUGAAAAAGCUUGGAGAAAUGGCAAGGACGGCAAUGGAGGGAGGAGGUUCAUCUUUCCAUAAUAUUGCCAAACUAAUUCAGGAUGUUGCAGAGGAAUCGAACGCUAGGACAUCAGUUUAAGACUAUCAUGUUAAGGCAUAAGCACCUGUUAGAGUUUUAUGCAAUCUUUCCUUAGCUAUGGCAGGUUAUUAUUGUAGCUUUCCUUGUAAUGCUCCGUUAUCUUUGGUUCUGCAGUUGUACAUUUGUAUAGAUAUAUUGCUCCUAGAUUUUCAAUAAAAUGUAUCUCUCUUCUCUGUUUAUACACUGCA